GGAGCUGUUUUGGGGUGUUGUGAAUCCGUGUAGCCCAGAAAUCCUGAGUGGGAGUUGUCGGACCGAUUUGUUGUGUGUUUGUCUUGCGUUUCUCAGAGAUUAUCAACACGCCUGCAGCAGCUAUGCCCGGGAUAGAGAAGCUACCGAUAGAGGAGACGCUGGAGGACAGCCCGCAGACACGGUCUCUGCUGGGAGUUUUUGAGGAGGACACUGCAGCCAUCUCCAACUACUGCACACAACUGUAUCAGGCCAUGCAGAGGAUUUAUGAUGCACAGAAUGAGCUGAGUGCGGCAACACACCUGACCUCCAGACUGCUGAAAGAAUACGACAAACAGCGUUUUCCUCUUGGGGGUGAUGAUGAGGUGAUGAGUUCUACCCUGCAACAGUUUGCAAAAGUCAUCGAUGAACUCAGCUCCUGUCAUGCUGUCUUGUCGACCCAGCUUGCUGAUGCCAUGAUGUUCCCCAUUACUCAGUUUAAAGAGCGAGACCUGAAGGAGAUCCUUACUCUUAAAGAAGUCUUCCAAAUAGCCAGUGAUGAUCACGACGUGGCGAUUAACAGAUACAGUCGCUUAUCCAAAAGGAGGGAGAACGACAAGUUACGGGCGGAGGUGGUGGAGGAUGUCUACACGUCCCGCAAGAAACAACACCAGACAAUGAUGCACUACUUCUGCUCUCUGAACACUCUGCAGUACAAGAAGAAGACAGCUCUGCUGGAGCCGCUGCUGGGAUACAUGCAGGCACAGAUCAGUUUUUUUAAGCUGGGGUCAGAAAAUCUCACCCAGCAGUGGGAAGAGUUCCUGGGAACUAUAGGAACCAGUGUCCAGAAUGUACGCCGGGAAAUGGAGGAGGAGGUGGGGCAGAUGCAACAGACCAUCCAGGAGAUGGAGAGGGCUUGUGACGCCCUUUAUGCACCAUGUGACCCCGACCCCGCCCACUCACCUGUGUGUCGCCACCUGACCAGGAAGCAGGGCUACCUGUACAUCCGGAAUAAGACUGGGCUAGUGUCAUCAUCCUGGGAGCGACAGUACUUCUUUACACAGGGUGGAAACCUGAUGCAACAGGGCCGGGGAGAGGUGGCGGGCGGGCUGGUCACAGACCUUGACAACUCCUCCGUCAUGGCCGUCGACUGUGACGACCGCCGAUUCUGCUUUCAGGUCACUUCCUUCGAUGGGAAAAAAGUGGUGACGCUGCAGGCGGAGAGCAGGAAGGAAUGCGAGGAGUGGAUCUCCACCAUCAACAACAUCUCAAGGAGGAUCUACCUGAGUGAAAAUGCAGAGGAGCUUGCAGCCAGAGUGAACCAAUCCGCUCUUGAAGCUGUGACACCAUCGCCGUCCUUUCAGCAGAGACACGAGAGCAUGAGACCCACCAGUAAGGGGCGAACGGGUCGAGCGAGCAGCAUCAGCUCCGUGGGCUCCGAGCCAUCGCCUGCUCUUUCUGUGCUCUCACUAGAUGCACUGGUUGCCCCAGAAACACCCAUCCAGUUUGACAUAAUUUCCCCCGUCAGUGAGGAGAACUCAGGACAAAGUAAAACAGCACCGCAGUCCGGCAGGAGAAGUAAUCCAUUUGGGGAGUCAGGAGAGAGCACAGCAGAAGACAGUGAAGACUCGAUCCUCCACCAGCUCUUUAUCGUUCGCUUCCUGGGCUCCAUGGAGGUGAAGACUGCCGAGUCAGUGGAUGUCAUCUCUGAGACCAUGAGGCAGAUCCUGGCUGCCAGAGCCAUCCACAACAUCUUCAGGAUGACCGAGUCCCACCUGCUGGUCACCUGCGACUGCCUCAAGCUAAUUGAUCCUCAGACACAAGUGACGCGACUCAGGUUCCCUCUCUCCACUGUGGUGCAGUGUUCGUCCCAUCAGGACAACAAGAGGCUGUUUGGUUUUGUUCUGCAGUCGGCAAGCGGGCGGAGCGACAGCCGAGCCAUCUGCUACAUCUUUGAAUCUAACAACGAUGGAGAGAAGAUCUGUGACAGCAUUGGUCUGGCCAAGCAGAUCGCCUUGCACUCGGAGAUGGACCGUAAAGCGGUGGAGAAGAAAAAGGAGGAGGAUAAGGCCAAAGAGAAACAGAAGGAGGAACUGAGCAAGCAAAGACAGAUCGAGAAGGAUCUGGAGGAGCAGAGCCGCUUGAUCGCUGCAUCAAGUCGCCCGGCCAACCCGCCUGGCUCUGACGGACAGUUCCUAGUGCUUAGCAACAGCCAGUCAGAGGACAGUGACGCUGGAGAGGAGGGGAAGAAGAAGGGUGAGUCUGAAGCUUAACGACACUCAGAGGAUGCAUGUUUUACCUCCCAGGCGAGUCCCAGCUGGUAAAAUCGAGACCACAGCUCAGGAAUCAGAGGAGGGGAACACCACCCGCCCACCUAUCCGCCUGCCCGGACUGCCUGGAACUGAAAAACAUGUGCUUCCUCUGUGCAGGACUCUGAAGCUUGUGAUGGAGGCCUGUCACUCUGAAAUGGAGGAUAAAUCUAACGCACCCUCACUGUAAAAGGGAGAAGGGAAGUAGGUGAGGAAACGCCUCAUCCAGGACUCGUGUUUUAUUCUGUGUGUUUAAAAAAAAAAAAAAAAAAAAAAAAAAAAACAAAGGAAAAAAAAAAUGCUGCUUUUAUACCGGCUCCACUUUCAAGAAGAGACAUGAAUAUAGAUUAACCUCUAAGUUUCUGUUUUUAUGUUUAUUUUAUAAGAAGAGCUAACAAAAAACAGAAGACGUAAAACAAAAUGUGAGAAGAAUAUUGAACCUGGGUCUGUCGGUACCGGCUCUUGCAUGAGUGCACUUUGAGAGGAAGUGAUAAUUUCUUUACCCAUGAUGAAGGUCCCAGAGGGCAACAGGACACCUCAUCCACUUUCUCCAUCAGUGUUGUUGAUUUAAAAAGAAAAAAGAAAAAAAAAAGAGGUCAGCUGAUGAUCUGAAACACAAACAGAAGACAGAAAGAGAGCCUGAGUCUUAUUUUGAAAAGGUCAUUUAAGGAUUCCUUCCUUCCUUCCAUGUAGUCACUGGCUUCAUUUCAGCACAUCACAGUAGGUCUUCACUGAUUAGUCAAUUAAUUGAUAAAUAGAAAAUUAAUUUUUAGUAACUGCUAACCAGCUGUUUUUACAAACACCGUGUUCAAUUUAUUAAUAUUGUUAGAUGUUAUUUAGCUGCAGAAAAAUGUGGCUAGAUUUUUCAGACGCUGUUUAAACCAGGGGUGGAAAACUUAUAUUCUUUAUAACGUUAAGUAUAUUUUUCUUUUUAUGGAAACAGACAUAUGUAAACAACAGUUAGACCCUUAAUGCUGAUCAAUUGACACUAAUGUUAAUAUAACUGUUAAGUAAAGUUUAAAUCGACCCACUAAAGGGACAUCUUACAGUCCACCCCAGCUCCAUGUUUUUAAUCUUGGACUUGAGUUGUGAUUCACGGUUCAGAAUCAUCUUUAUUUCUCUUAUACUGGACCUGGAUUAAGCGUUUCACUGUAGCUAUUGGUUUCUUUUUCUGGCAUGCCUCACCUAUAGACAUAUUCAAAGCUACACUUUAAUGAGAAUAAUGGUCAGUUUUGGUCUGUUUGUCUGUUUUGGGGAUUUUUGGUGUAUUUUUCCCACAAAUAUCAUUUUAAUCUUACUUAGUUACCUUGCAUAUUCCUCCUACAGUGGUUUAAUCCUCCACUGACAGGGACUGCCUCACUCUUUCAAAAACCACUAACAAAAGCCAGCUUUCUUCUGAUUGGCUGCACUUUAGAAACAGAAAGUUUGAAUAGCAGAUAAUAGAUAAUAAUAAUAGUAAUAAUAGAUUAACUUUAGAGAUGUGUAACUCAAAGGGAAAAAUUCAUCCUGUAAGUAUUUGGACUUUCUUGUCUUUGCAUGAUUUGGUCUUUGCUCGCUGACAGUGAAGAUUGCUGCUUUGAGCACCACAAAGUGAGUUCACAUUAGUUACAUUAUAUUCAAGAAAUGACGGAUUAUACACCAAAAUGAUCUAUUUGAUACAGGAUAGAAGAAAAACGUGUACGUUUGACUUGACCACUGCCUUUAAAGAUAAAAAGCCAGCAUACUUUCAACUACCUGCGCUCACUUUGUGCUUAUAUUUGAUGGUUGAAAGUUUGAAGGAUGGUGGGUUGUUUUUUUUUUUUUGUUUGUUUUGUUUUUUUAGUUUUUGUAUUCAGACACCUUUGGAUUUGACUCCCUGGCAUGAGAGACCUAUGUUGUGAUUGUUACCCGCUGAGAAAAUUUAGACCACUUAAAUUACACCUGUUAUUUUCCUUAUCAUGAAUACAACUUAACUUUUGUUCCUCUUGGUUCAAAGCUGAGCUCCAGAUGGGUCUAAGGUCCACUUCAUUGACUUUCAGGUGCCAAUAUUAAAGGAAAAAUCCACUUUUAUUUUUAUUUUUAAGUCUUGCUCGUUCCAUGAAAAAAAUUAGUCGGUUGCUCCACUGGAUACAGUCUGAGACAGCAGAUUUUUUUUAUGCAAUAACUUUAUUGACCUUCUCUGACUAACAAAUUUCCACUGUGUGCAAAUCGCUCCAAAUUUUAUUUAAUUGGAUAAAGAAAAAAAGCAUCAACACAGAACAAAGACAAUUUGUACACUUAGUGAUAUUGAUUUGCCAAACAUUUAGUACACACUUUGUGGUUCAUAUCAAGUUAUGUUUUCAUUUUGCCUCUGGAUAUGAAACUGCCCCAGUACUUUCUGACCACAUCUGUGCUCAGAUUUUAACUUUUUUUUAAAGAAAAAGGUGUGUGUGGAAAUUUUUCCCAAAUGCACCGAUCAACUAUCCAGGGUACCGGUGCUCGUUUCUGUUCCUCUACAUCAUAUGAAACAUGAAACUGGAGCAGAUAUUGAUGCUCAAAAAUGCUUAAAGAAGAUUAAAGAAUAUUAAACCUUAAUAAAAGUUAGAGCAUUUGACACUUAAGCCUAAAAUUGAUUUAGUUGCCAUUUUUUUUUAACAGAGCUAAAAUGUGUUUUUUCAGCCCUUUUAUGCGUACCCGUGUUGAAGAAAACAUGAGGCUUCAGAAUUGUGGACUAAUUAAAGAAGCCCCAAAUUUCAGUUUACUUAAAGGGUCUGUAAGGGUCUGUAGAAUGAAGGUAAAAAUUUUCAUGGCUUCAUUAAAUAUGAAGAAGUUAUAUUACCUUUAAAAAAAAAAAAAAAAAUCAGCUGAGUGUGAGGAAGUCAGCUGUGAGCUAAUUUUACAUGGUGACUCGUGAUGACGUUAACACGGCCACAUGAACUCAUCAUACUGGUUACUAAAGGUAUCUGCUUAAGAUAGAGGAAGUGCUAAAUCCACAGUCCUCAACAGCAUGAAUAAAUUUGUUUUUUGCACUAAAAAAACUUCAUCUUUGGAGGAUGCCCAUUUGAAUCUUAAAAUGCAGGAGCCUCGUAUUUGCUCGUGUUAAAUAUUGGAGUGUAUUUUUGUACAGAUUUUACAGCAAAAGCACAACCAGUAUAAACAUAAAUAUGAAAAUUUGAUUUAAACCAGAAAAAAAUAUUUCUAUUUAAACCAGACUUGGAAAAAUUCUGAAUUUGACCUUUUUUUUUUUUCUUCCGUAUUUAUUAGUUAAGCCAUAUCAUGCCAUAAUCAGUCCAGUAUUCCAGCAUUUCAAGCUGUUCGUAUGCAGUGUUUGUAUGUGUGUGUUAGCGUGCUGUAAGGGUCGGAGCCCAUGUGAAUGAAAGCAGAGUUUGCAUGACAGUAACACUCGUUAAUGAGCUCUCGUACCAAUUAACCAUGAAGAUUUAAGGCCACGUCAGUGAGCCAAAGAUGCUUUUCUCUCCUCUCUCGGGGCCGUUCCGGGUGUGAAUUGCUGGUCUGACAUUUGCAAAGUUGGAGAUCUGUUAAAAAAAAUAAAUAAAUAAAUAAAAGUGAGAAAAGCACAAAUUUCCCUCAAGUUCCCUCAAACUGAAAGGAGAACAUGGCUUUCUGUUUUCAUAAAAGAAAAACACUAGACUUUAAGCUCCUCUGAUACAGUGUUGAAAAACCAAUAACCACCUGUGUGUCAUAAAAAACAGACUCCAUCUUCUUUCACAUUGCCUGCUGAGUCCGUUUCUUCUAAUGUCUUAAUAUUUACCAGGCAUGCAUACGUGGGUCGUUGUUUGGGGCCUUUUGUGUUCAUCGCACAUUUAUUCAUUAACUUGCAUUUCAUUUCCAGAGUGAUUCACAAUGAUUAUUUGUUUUGUUUUUUAAGUUUCAUUUUCUUCAUGUAGGGAUGAAAGAGGUCACAGACACACCUCUCCGUUUGUGGGGAGGUUUAAGUAGUGAAGAUGUUUCUAAAAAGCCGAAAUCAACAGUUACUGAAGAUGAUUUUAUUUUUAUUUUAGUUUUUUGGGACACGUGGGGGUGAGAUAUUGCUUUCUUGUUUUUGCUGUAACCAAGUGAAAGGCUCGUGUUGACAGAGCUGCACUUUACAGACGAAGUAAACACGACAGGAUCGCUGAUGUUGAGUUGUAAAUAUGUUUCAGUGAUUGAUGUUCCUGUGUCAUGAUUAAUAAAAGGCUUUACGGUGAUAAUAAAGCACUAACUCCAUC